AUGAGUAGUGGUGAUGAUGAAUUGACCAACAACACUACUACUAUUACUCAUCUUACAUCUACACCACCUUCUUCUUCUUUGGAGCAACUGUAUAUUACAAGUGCUGAUAUGGUUGAUCAUGUGUUUCGGGUGGAACCAUCAUCACAUAAUAAUACUACCAUUCUCUUGUUUCCAAAUUUAAAAAGAAUUCAUGUUCAGUACUGUAGGAGAUUACAGAGCUUUGCACCCUUCUUUAUGUCUUUCCCCAAUUUGGUGUCUCUGGAAGUAUCAAAUUGCCAUGGGCUGAGGUAUUUAUUGUCUUCCUCAACAGCAACCACUCUUGUACAAUUGCAACGAAUGGAAAUAACAAAUUGUGAUGAAAUGAAGGAGAUUAUUAUUAAUCAUAAUGGUAAUGAAGACAAGAGUACCCAUCAUCACUCCCUAAUUCUUUUCCAAAAUUUGAAGAUACUACAACUUAAGGAUAUGCCCAAUCUCCAAAGCUUUUUCUACUCAGAAAAUAAAGUUAUCAUGAGCUUCCCAAAUUUGGAAGAAUUAUAUAUCACCAGGUGUUCUAAGAUGAGGAGAUUUUUAGAUGGGAUCGUAAAUACUUCUGCAUCAUUAUUGAAGACAAUUGAGAUUGAUGACGAAAUAAUUCCUCUACUGGAAAGAGAUGUUAAUGCAACUUUGGCAAAACUUUUCAAGGAGAAUAAUAAUAAUAAUGAUUCUGAUUUGGGAUUACCACAUUUAUUGGCUCAUCAAACGGUAUGUACCUUCAUUCAUGCAUUUAUUUAUUUAUUUCUCCCUUUAUUGUUCUUCAUCUCCUAA